UACUUUGAAGACCACUUCCUGUUUCCGGUCUCUUUAGUAAAUUAUUGUGAACUUGACUCUGCGGCAGCAGAGGAGAGAGAGAGAGACGGACGGUCAUCACCUGUCAGCGGACCUGAGGGAAGACUAAACCGUAUAUACAUAUACACAGGCGGAGUCAUGAUGACGUCAGAGAACCCGGAGCACAGUGAUGACAUCAGCGUCCUGCCCCCGCAGGAGCUGGAGCCCCCGAGGGAGGAGGACGGACACUGCCCCCUGCCUUUCAGGCUGCAGCUGAUCGAUGACCUGUCUUAUGAAGACGUGAAGAAGUGCUACAGAGGAUCGACUGUCAGCAAGUACAACUCUCAGUAUCACAAACUGUUCAAGACUGUCCCAAAAGAGGAGAUCCUGAUGAAAGUGUACUCCUGUGCCUUGUUAAGGGACAUCCUGCUGCAGGGACGACUCUACAUCUCCAGAAACUGGUUGUGUUUCUACGCAAACCUGUUUGGUAAAGACAUCAAGGUUUGUAUUCCUGUCGUGUCGGUUCGUCUGGUGAAGAAACAUAAGACUGCAGGUCUGGUACCAAACGGUCUGGCCAUCACCAUGGAUACUGGACAGAAGUAUGUGUUUGUGUCCCUUCUGUCCAGAGACAGUGUCUAUGACGUCCUCAGGAGGAUCUGCACUCACCUGCAGGUGGACGGGAAGAGUCUGAGUCUGAAGCAGUACCUGGAGGAGCCCAGCUCUCUGUCUAUGGACGAGUUUCCAGAGGUGUUAAAGUGGAGGAGGAAGCCGUCGCUGCCUGCUGUCUCCGCCUCCCUCCCUGACUUGCUGGGAAACUCCGCCCCCAGCCUCGCCCCCGACGAGCCCUUCAGCACACACACACUCUCUGAUAUCAGUCUGGAGACGGAGAAGAUCCUGCUGACAGAACCAGUACCUGAACUGGAUCCCGUGGAGUAUCAGCUGCUGAAACUCUUCAUCCUCCUUGUCUUCCUGCUCGUCCUGUCCUCCUGUUACCUGGCCUUCAGAGUGUGUCGUCUGGAGCAGCAGCUCAGCUUCCUGAGCAGCCAGCCCACACUGAGAGACAGGUGUGGAGAGUCGCCGUGCUGGCUGACCAAUCAGAGGACAGGAACCUGACACCGAGUCAACACCGAGUCAACACUGAGUCAACACUGAGUCAACACUGAGUCAACGCAGUCCACGGAUUGAAUCUGCACUUCAGUAGACUGGCCAUUAGGGGGCGGCGGUGUGUGGUGAGAGGCGAAAGCUCUCCGGCGGAGACUGAACCGUCUGUCAGCAGCAGCUGACCUCUGACCCCCGCUGGCAGUUUGUUGCCAUAGAGACGUCACAGUAGUCGACACAAGCCGUAGACUGACCUCUGACCUGUGUGUGUCUCGGUGGACAUGUCGAGACGAGACGCAGGGAAACGACAGCACGCUGGGACGUGAGUCGGGUGUGGGCGGAGCCACUGAUGACUGACAGGAUUACGUUUUUGUUUUCUUUGAAAAUGUCUCGUCUUAAAGCUCGGGUCAGUAAGUUUGGAAAAGAUAGCGAUACAUGCCACCUCCUCUCACCGACCCUCUUUUCUAAACUCCGCCCCCAAAGUACAGGAAGUGGUUUAUUUUGUGAUGCUUCGGUAACAUUGUACAGUUUGUAAGUCGAUGUCUGUAUUUGAGUCGCGUAGAUAAAGAGCGUGGAGAGGUCACAUGACCGUCGCUGUGGCACACGUCACAUGACUGAAGCUAAUGAAGACAAUAGACGGCGAAUAAGAUUGUAGGACAGCUAGUAGCACUAGUGAGUGAAGUCCGAACUACCUCACUAGUGCUACAGUAGACAUUUUGACACUAGUUAUGUCAAACACAUCUUACUAGUACUACUACUACUGGUCAUUUUGGAACUACUAGUAGUACUAGCGAGGUACGAAUACCUAACUAGUACAACUAGUGGGCAUUUUGGAACUACCAGUAGGAUCCAGAGGGCUACUAGUGCUUGACACAUGCCAACUAGUGGGGCCUAGUAGUGUUACUAGUGCGGCUCAUUAGUUUACCAGUAAGGUUUGGUUGAUACUCGGUGUCAAACAUGAUUACUAGUAAGACACUAGUGAGCAGAAUGGCCUUACUAGUACACGGAAUUUAUGUAAAUAAAUGCUGAAACAGUCACAUGACUGAAGCUAAGCUCUGUGAUUGGUCGUCUGGACAAGUCGUCGACAAAAAUACAUAUCGAGGAUAUCCCAGAAGUCUUUGCGUUUUUGUAAAACUUUAUUAAAGCUGAAUGUUGAAGUGACUUUUUUAUAAUAUUACUAAAGUAAAAGUCUUAAAGUAUAAGACAUUUACUGAACUUAAGUAUAAACGUCAUUUUCUGAUAUAAAAUGCACUUAAAAAAGUGAUUGCAGCAUGUGAAUGGGUGAAAACUGGAGUGUAAAGCUCUGAAUAAGACCAUAAUAUCAACUCUUCUUCUUCUUCUUGUGAUUUUAUUUGCUAGUAACGCGUCACAAAGAGAGUUAGAGGAAAUAUGCUAGAAAUAUAGAACUAACAAAGUAAAGUACAGAUAUGUGACUUUUGUCAGUACAAACUGUCUGAACUGUCCAUUUAAUAAAUGGUGUCUGAGACCUUUGACCUUUGA